GUCUAAGACGAGAGAGAAAGAGAGAGAAUGUGUGGGUUUUAGUUUCACGGAGAUAUAUAUCUAUAUCUAUAUCUGCUCCUGUGUCUGACCCAGCUUUUCUUUCCUUUUUUAAUUUAUUUUGUCUUGAAUCUGUUCGACGAAAUUCCUCUAUGAAAAUUUAGACCCGAUUCAUUCAUUAUAAACAUGAAACAUUGUGUAGUAGCUGACCGUCUUUUCUCAAGGCAUUGAAAUAGUGUGUGUCUAGUUAAUUAUUUUGAAAAAUGUCAUUUCGUAGUAUAGUACGUGAUGUUAGAGACGGGUUUGGUAGUUUAUCUAGGCGUAGUUUUGAUGUGAGGCUAUCAGGGAUUCAUAGCAGAGGAAAAUCUCAGGGUUCGAUUACUGAUUUAAGUGAUAAUCAGGCGGCACUUGUGGUCCAAAAUAGUCGGUGGGCUAAUCUCCCUCCCGAGCUUCUUUUUGAUGUAAUUAAGAGGUUAGAAGAGAGUGAAAGUACAUGGCCUGGUAGGAAACAUGUUGUUGCUUGUGCUGCGGUUUGUAGGUCGUGGAGGAGUAUGUGUAAGGAAAUUGUUAGAACUCCUGAAUCCUGUGGGAAGCUUACUUUCCCAGUUUCGCUAAAGCAGCCAGGGCCACGCGAUGUUACUAUGCAAUGCUUCAUCAAGAGGGAUAAAUCAAACUUAACUUAUCAUCUUUUCCUGUGUCUUAGUCCAGCUGCUUUGCUAGUUGAAAAUGGGAAGUUCCUGCUGUCUGCAAAAAGAACUCGAAGGACUACUUGUACCGAAUAUGUCAUUUCCAUGGAUGCAGAAAACAUUUCAAGAUCAAGCAGCACCUACAUUGGAAAACUCAGAUCAAAUUUUCUUGGGACAAAAUUCAUAAUAUAUGACACACAGCCUCCACAUUCUGCUGCCAAUAUCCCACCACCAGGCCGAUCCAAAAGAUUUUAUUCCAAGAAGGUCUCACCAAAAGUGCCGAGCGGCAGCUUCAAUAUCGCCCACAUCACCUAUGAGCUUAACGUGCUAGGUACACGUGGCCCACGUAGAAUGCACUGUGUCAUGCACUCAAUUCCUGCCUCCUCCCUUGAACCGGGUGGCACAGUUCCCGGUCAGCCAGAGCACCUCCUGCCACCUCGCUCUCUGGAAGACUCUUUCCGGACCAUGUCUUUUUCAAAGUCACUUGACCACUCAACCGAAUUCAGCAGCUCUAGAUUUUCCGAGAUCAUGGGAGCUGCCACAUCAACUGACGUCCCGGAUAGUGAGAAGUCAAAGCUGCCCUUAGUCCUGAAAAACAAGUCACCUAGGUGGCACGAACAGUUGCAAUGUUGGUGUUUAAAUUUCAGGGGACGGGUGACAAUUGCUUCAGUCAAGAACUUCCAGUUGAUUGCCGCCCCACCAGCUGUCGGAGCCUCCCAACCAUCACAACCACCGCCACAACCAGAGCAUGAUAAAGUGAUAUUGCAGUUCGGGAAAGUCGGGAAAGAUAUGUUUACCAUGGAUUAUCGAUACCCGUUAUCUGCAUUUCAAGCAUUUGCAAUCUGUUUAAGCAGCUUUGACACCAAAUUAGCCUGUGAAUAGAAAAUUUUAACAUUUUAGGGUUCCAAGAGCAAUGGACAAAUAGUAACUGCAUUUCUUUGGUUGUCCAUUUUGUGUGUACCUUGUUGAAAUUAGACUUUUUUUUUAUAA